AUGAAAGAUAGGGUAUUGAAAGCUGAAGAGAAACAAGAUUUUAUCAGCAAGCUUCCUGAUGAAAUCUUGAGCAUCAUAAUUUCUUACCUUCAUGUUGAUGAAGCUGUUAGAUGCAAUGUUCUCUCUAAGAGAUGGGAAGGUAUGUGGAAACUAGCUCCACACAUGGAAUUCGAUGCAAAGCAAAUGAUCAAGCCAUUAUCCCAGCUUCUUCAUAAGAGGAAAUCUCACAAAGUACCUUGUUUCCAUCCUGAUCCAUCCAAGAACAAACAAGUCUCAAGAAAGAGUAUUUUGUUUGGGGGAGUGGAGGCUUGGGUUGAGUUUCUGGUUGAAAACAAGGUAGGGUAUACAAAUCUGAUCCUUCAGUGUGAACCUGAUCACUAUGGAGAAAUUGCUGAAAAAUGUUUCUCCAGAGAUGAAAUUUGUAAGCCUGAUUUCUCACCCGGGGUGUUUAGUGGUUUGUGCUCACUUGAAUUGGUUAAUUACACAAUUGAUUCUUGGGCUGCAUUUGAGGGCUGCAUCAACCUCAAGAAUCUUAAAUUGGAGAGGAUUUACUUGAAUGAUAUAAGCCUAAGUGGGAUUUUAGAUUUUAGUUUGGUUGAGUCCACUGAGUUUCAGACACUCAUCAUUGUGAAAUCAAGCCUUAGAGUUUUACAACUCCAAGCUUUAUGUUUGGAUGAGGUAGAAAUUAAUUGCCCCAAUCUUGAAGUGUUGCAGCUUGAUUCUGUAAAAUGUCCACUGCAGCAUUUAAUUAUUAAUGCUCCAAGCCUGAGGACUUUUCAUUCUUACUGCUACUCCAUUUUUGCAAGACUUCUUCCCAUUAAUGAAGGUAGAUAUGUUCUGAAAACCCAUGAAAUUCUUGCACACUGCAGCAGUUCUCUUUCGGAAUCUCCAAAUGGUAAUUUCCUUCAAAAUUUGUCAAACAUAUCAAUGGAUUUGAAUUUGAACUGCAUAAGUGAAGUCAUGGAUCUAUCUUUGGUCUUGAGAUUUUGUACCAAUUUACAAACACUGGAAGUUGCUCUGCCGACUUUGACUCAUAAAAACUCUGACCAUGGUAGCUCUGAUGAUUGUGCAACACCAUACCCUAUAUCGAUGCUUUUUGAGUCGUGCCAUUGUAUUCAUAAGAUGCUGAAGUCUGUGUACAUAAGAAGGUUUAGAGGGAAAGAACAUGAAAUGGAAUUUGUGAAGUAUAUAAUAACAAGAGCAACCAUGAUGAAAAAGAUUACAAUAGAAUCAAAGAACUCAAAGAGAGAGGCUGAAAGUUUGCUAUCACUUCCCAAACCUUCCCGCAAUCUCUGCAUCAAUUUGAAGAUUAAUGUCAAUCCUAUGAAAUAG